AUGCGUAAUAUUUUUUCCUUCACAGAAAUUAAAGGAAACACCCUUGAAAUCCAGUGAAGGUUUCACUUUCCGUGUAAGAAAUCGAAUUCCGAACACAGAAAUAUGGUGUUAUUCCAGUGAAAUUUUAUGUGUGUAUUUGUAUAUUUUUACGUCAUGGAGUCCGAGGCGAAUAGAGUUAAUCGCCUGUCCAGUGGUCAAAGUCACGAGAGUGUCUUGUUGAGCCCUGAGAAAAUGUCCACGGCGGACAAAUUAUGGGGGACAGCAAUUAGCGGAACGAGUCUUGCCAAAUUGCUUGCCAGGUUGAAUAUCGAUUGCCGGCAACUCUCCGAUGUGGAAGGUUCUGAGCCCGCAGGUGGAUCAGGAUUCAAAAGACCAACAGCGGUGCUUGACAAGCUCGUGGACAUAAUUCUGGAUCCGAAACCCAGUUCCAUCGACUCCGAAGACAUCAAGCCCAUCAUAAAAUCCGGAAAUAAGCCGGAACACUGGAUCCCCGAUGCCAGCAAGUGGCAAAAGAUGGAACGAAAGGCAGCCAGACUCGCGAGCCUCAUCCCGGUUCCGAAUAAUGAAGAGUUGGAGAUCGAAGAUGAACCCGUGCCACCAACACGGCCACCAGCACCACCACACGACCCUCUGUCUGUCCUAGACCUGCUGACACCCAGGGAGAAGAAACGGGGCCGUGGGACCGACACCAUCGUCGUGCCCGGGACUCAUCACCCGCCGCGCCGCAGCCCGAGUGGGUUCCAGGAACCCGUUUCCAGCUCGGACAGAACGUCGCACAAUAGUAAAAGGGUCACCAUUGCGGAAUCCGAGGAGAGGAUUGAAGUGCCGCGAUUCGAGGUUGAGAUGGAUGCCGAGAAUGAGGAUGAUGAUGAUGAGAUGGUCGAGGGAGAGGAACAAGAGUUGGAUACCCUUGAGGAGGAAUCAUCCGGCAUCAGCUGCAGCCCAACAACGCGCACCUUCACCAAUAAUCAUGAAACUGUCCACUUCAGCUUGCCCGCAUCCGAAUACAACGCCAAGAAGAACCUGAUGAGCGACUCAGUCCACAGCAUUCUCAAGAGAGGCUCCGAGGACCUGGACAGCGUCCUGGCGGACAAACCCCGUCAAAGCAACCUGAAGAAACGUUCUGUCCCUUCACCACCACCACCACCAUCACCGCCGCCGCCGCCUGAAAGCACUUCCGACGACGUGGCCCACGACGGGAUCUCGUCGGAAACAUCUCAACAGGAGGCGGCUCAGCAUCAGCAAGAAGACCGCAAGCAAGGAGCUUCAAACCCUCCUCCCGAAACUGACGCUGCGCGUCCUGAAGCAAUAGAAAAAGCUUGUCAGGACGAAGUUUGCAGAGUGCUGACACAGGACAAGACCCUCAAAAGCCUGGUGGACGAAUACAAAAACCUGGGCCACAAAAUAAUGCAAGUUCAGAUGAAACGAAAUGAAAUCGCAGCCAAACUGGAUGGAACUGGUCCACUCAAACAAGCAGUGAAAUUAGUCAUGGACCUGCCAGCUAUUGAAGAAGCUGCCUGCGUUGCCGACUGCGUCACUGCUGCUCUGACUGAAGUCACAAUGGCGACAUGCUCUGCCAUUGACACCCUGUGCCUCAAAACGCCGCGACCGAAACAGGACGAUGAUGAACUGCAAGAAGUGGAAUGACUCUCUUCUUUGUUUCAUUCAAUUUAAAAU